AAGUAAAGCUUUUCCCGUUCAGUAAUUUUAAAGUUUUGAGGGGAGUACCUGUAAAUUGUAAUUGACGAGAAAUCGCGAUUCAUUCCUUCAUUCUAAUUUCUAAUAUGCUGCAAUGUCUCUCUCUGAAAUCAUCGUCGUCAACAACCUCAACCUCACCAGCUGCUGCAGCUGCGGCUCCCGAUAUCCAUUCUCAUCCUCCCCCACCUCCCCGAUCGCAAGGAGGAACGAGCUCUGAGGCCUCGCCCUCCGCCACUCUCACCCACGAGUACAGGCUCGCCGUCCAAACCCAGUCCUACAAUGAGAUUUGGUCUAGGAUUCAUGAGGUCCAAGACCACCACCACCAUGAUGAGGUGGAGGGGGACUUGGAUUCGAACUCGGAGCAUGAGAGGCAGAGGCAGCGGCUUCUUUUGGAGCAAGUGCUUCAGCCCAACCGACAGUGCGUGGAAGAGGCGCUUCGCCAAGCCAAGCCCAACUCCCUCACCCGUCUGGUCUCUGACUACUUCGACCAGAGCGAAAACACCACCCAAGUAUGCCUCAUGCUCCACCGCUACGUCUAUCGAGCGCGUGAGCUCUAUGCGCCUCUCCAUCAACUCCUCGACGUUGUACAGUCGGAGGAGGAGUCUCUGAGCCUCAACCUCAGCCAAUCCCAGUGCAGUCGGGCCUUGGAAGUCUUUCUCCAAUUCGACCGCCACGACAACCCCUUCCCUUCCCCUGACGAUUCCGACUCCCACAAUUUCGACGAUAUGCUCCGCUGCUUCUCCCAGCUCAAGCACCAGCUCGACGCCCGCCUCCGCUCCUCCCGCUCCAGAAUCCGCCUCCUUCGCCGCGCCACUCUUGCCUCCGCCCUCUGCUUCAUUGGCACUGCCCUCGGAGUCGCCGUCUCUGCCGUCGCCGUCACUGUCCAUGCCCUCACUGCCGCCCUCGUCGUUGUUGCAGGGCCGCCUUUGUGCUGCACUCCCACCGCCACUGGCAAUGGCACUGGCUCUUCUUGUUGCGGUUGCAGCAGCAGCAGCAUGAUGACUGCCAUUGAGAAGAAGGAGGUUGCCCAUAUGAACCAACUUGAUGCUGCCGCCAUGGGUACUUGUGUCCUCAACAAUGAUCUUGCCACCAUUGACCGCCUUGUUCGCCGUCUACACACGGCGGUGGAGGGAGACAAGCUUCUGAUUCGCCUUGGAUUGGAGAGGGGCUCUGUCACUGGAACUGCCACCGACAAGCAUCCGAUUCAGGAGGUGCUCAAACAGCUGAGCAAGAGCCACCCCAAUUUCCUCCACCUCCUCAACGAACUUGAGGAGCAUAUAUGCCUCUGCUUUAACACCGUGAACAGGGCCAGGUCGAUGCUUCUCCAACACAUGUCUAGUCUAGUCUACUCCUCCUCCUGAGUCCUAAGUUAACUAACCCCCAUUUGCUCAGAUCAUUUCAGUUUUCAUUUCUGUUUGUACAUCAAAAAUGACUUAAACUGCAUCUGCCUCAAGUGUCAGCCUCUGCCUUUAUUUUUUCUUUCUUCUUUUCUAUUGAUUCUUAAAGAGUAAAGAUUGUAACAAUCUCUCUACAGACUACACUCUGACUCUGGAGGCUUUGCUAUGUGCGUUCGGAGAUGUCAAUUGUUUACAGAGCAAUUUCAUAGACUCUGUUUUGUAAAUUCAUCGACUUUUUUUUGUUUG